AUGCUGUUUCUCAUCCUCCUUUUAACAACCACUUUCCUCUGCACCUUGUCUAAUGCAUCCCCACCCGCUAAACGCGCCACCCUGACCCAAGUCGCCAACUUCGGGGACAAUCCAGCAGGGGUCAAGAUGUACGUGUACGUUCCCGACGCCGUCGUCUCGUCUCCAGGCAUCGUCGUCACCCUACAUGGUGCCUCCGGAAACGCACAACAACAGUUCCAGUCGACGCCGUACGCCAACCUCGCCGAGAAGUACGGUUUCAUCGCCAUAUACCCCGAAUACCCACAGGGCGCUUGGGAUGCCACGUCGAGCAAAUCCCGGCUUCAUGAAGGCGGAGGUGCGAGCCAGUCGAUUGCUAAUAUGGCCAAAUACGCUAUUAGUACUUACAAGGCGGACGCGAAUAAGGUCUUCGUGUCGGGUGUGUCUUCUGGUGGGACUAUGGCUAAUACUAUGGCCGGGACUUACCCCGACGUCUUCAAAGGUGUCAUUAUCUACUCCGCAGGCUCCUCGGGGGACCUGCGAAGUAUGUACCCAGGCUACACGGGCAGCUAUCCCAAAAUCCAGCUCUAUCUGGGGUCGAAAGAUACUAUUAUCGGAUCUUCGGCGUUUAAUACGAGCCUUGCGGCGUGGGCUCCGCUGCUAGGCUAUGAUUCUACCCCUGAUCAAGUGUUGGUGAAUACCCCUGUGAAGAGCUGGACGACUUAUGUACUGGGAAACAAUUUGGAAGGUAUCUGGGCUCAAGGGGUGGGACAUCCGGUCUCGACUCAGGGUGAGGAGGAUAUGAAGUGGUGGGGUUUUGCAAGGUGA